AUGGUUUCAGGGAAGAAAGAAAGGAGCAACAGAUAUUUGGAAUGUACGACGGAAGGCCCAAGGGAUGUUGGAGGAUAUGGGUACAUAGGAAGUAAUGAAUUAAAUUCAGUAAUUAAGGGAAAUAAUUACAGAAAGCAAACAUCUGAGGAAAUAAUAGAGACGAUCGAUAUAAAAAUAAAUGAGCUUAAGAGUGAUUACAUCAACUUUGAUAUUUCUGGUAUAGAUGCAUCCAUAGCAAAUGCUCUUAGGAGAAUUUUAUUAGUAGAGACUCCAACAGUAGCGAUUGAGACUGUCCAAAUUUACCAGAACAAUGGAGUAAUUCAGGACGAGGUUCUGGCUCAUAGACUAGGACUAAUCCCAAUGUUAAUUGAUCCGAACACAAUUGAAUUUAGGAAUGAAGAUGAGGACCUUAAUGAGAAGAAUAGUGUCUGUUUCAGAUUGAAUGUUAAAUGCACAAAAAGCGAUAUCAACCAUCAAAAGGGGAUCACAAGUAAAGCAAUUUACUCAAAGGAUUUGGUCUGGAUUCCACUUAGUGAGUCUCAGAAAAAGAAGUAUGAAGAUAAUCCACCAAAAGUUGUAACAGAUGACAUUUUAAUUACAAAGCUUAGGCCAGGCCAAUCCAUAGAGGCCAUCCUCUAUUGUGAAAAAAAUAUUGGAAGAGUUCAUGCAAAAUGGAGUCCAGUUUGUACUGCUAGUUACCGUCUUUUACCUACAUUUAGUUUUCCAAAUGGUCCAAUUUCUGGUUCAGAUGCUCUCAAACUAAGAGACAAAACAUGCCCAAUGAAGGUUUUUGAUAUUGAAGAGGUAACUGGGAAUAUAAUUCCCACAAACCCAAGAAACUGCACUACCUGUAGAGCAUGUAUUGAACAAUUUCCAAAUCAGAUAAAGCUCUUAAAGGAUAAAUUUCACUUCAUUUUCUCAAUUGAAACCACAGGAUGCAUUCCUCCUGUUGAACUGGUAAAAACUGCCAUUGAUAUUUUACGAAAGAAAAGUGAGAAGAUUAGGAAUUCUGUUAAAUUGUUUUACGAACAAUAA